GAGACGGCGAGGAGGAAUUCCCCUUCGAGAAGAGGCAGAUCCCCCUCUACAUAGAUGACACCCUCACGAUGGUGAUGGAAUUUCCUGAUAAUGUACUAAACCUUGAUGGACAUCAGAAUAACGGUGCACAACUAAAGCAGUUCAUUCAGCGACAUAGCAUGCUUAAACAACAGGAUCUCAAUAUUGCCAUGAUGGUGACAUCACGUGAAGUUUUGAGCGCGCUUUCUCAGUUGGUCCCGUGUGUUGGCUGUCGCCGUAGUGUGGAACGCCUCUUUUCUCAGCUUGUUGAGUCUGGAAAUCCAGCACUUGAACCCCUAACAGUAGGGCCAAAGGGGGUUCUUUCUGUAACUCGAAGCUGUAUGACUGAUGCAAAGAAGCUCUAUACACUGUUUUAUGUGCAUGGGUCCAAACUGAACGAUAUGAUCGAUGCGAUUCCCAAAAGUAAGAAGAACAAGAGGUGUCAAUUACACUCCCUGGACACACACAAACCAAAACCUUUAGGGGGUUGUUGGAUGGAUGUAUGGGAGCUCAUGUCCCAAGAAUGCAGGGAUGAAGUAGUUUUAAUUGAUUCUAGUUGUCUUUUAGAAACAUUAGAAACGUAUCUACGAAAACACAGGUUUUGCACUGACUGCAAAAACAAAGUACUUCGGGCAUACAAUAUUCUUAUUGGUGAGCUAGACUGCAGCAAAGAAAAGGGCUACUGUGCUGCACUUUAUGAGGGUUUGCGUUGCUGUCCACAUGAGCGUCAUAUACAUGUAUGCUGUGAAACAGAUUUCAUCGCGCACCUACUGGGUCGAGCUGAACCAGAGUUCGCAGGAGGACGAAGAGAAAGGCAUGCUAAGACAAUAGACAUAGCCCAAGAAGAAGUUUUGACCUGCCUGGGUAUUCAUCUUUAUGAAAGAUUACACCGAAUCUGGCAAAAGUUGCGGGCUGAGGAACAAACGUGGCAGAUGCUUUUUUACCUAGGUGUUGAUGCUUUACGCAAAAGCUUUGAGAUGGCUGUGGAAAAAGUGCAGGGUAUUAGUCGAUUGGAACAACUCUGUGAAGAGUUUUCAGAAGAAGAAAGAGUACGAGAGCUUAAACAAGAAAAGAAGCGCCAAAAACGAAAGAAUAGACGGAAAAAUAAGUGCGUGUGUGAGAUCCCUGCUCCCUUGCAGGCAACAGAAGAGAAGGAAAUAAAUCAAGCAAAGGAAAAUUCGGACUUCAUGGAAAAUAGUUGCAAAGCCUGUGGUAGCACAGAAGAAGCUAACAGUUGUGUAGAAGUAAUUGUUACUAAUGAAAGCACUUCUUGCACCUGUCCUAGUAGUGGUACCCUAUUAGGCUCACCUAAAAUAAAGAAAGGUUUAUCUCCACAUUGUAACGGUAGUGAUUGUGGCUAUUCAUCUAGUAUGGAGGGCAGUGAAACAGGAUCUCGAGAGGGAUCAGAUGUGGCCUGCACUGAAGGCAUUUGUAACCAUGAUGAAAAUGGAGAUGAUUCGUGUGUCCAUCGCUGUGAUGACAAAGAGGAGGAUGGAGAUAGCUGUGUGGAAUGUUGGGCUAAUUCUGAAGAGAAUAACACAAAAGGCAAAAACAAAAAGAAGAAAAAGAAAAGUAAAACUUUGAAGUGUGAGAAUGAUCAUAUUCAGAAACUUGGAAGCUGUAUUGCAGAUCCAGGUAACAGAGAGACCUCAGGAAAUAUCAUCCACACAGAAUUUCAUCGUGACAAGACCAAAGACAUGCAUGCUGAAAGCUGCUGUAGCUCAGAAAAAAGUGGGCAGCAGUUGCCUUGGUUUGAGCAUAUGAAAAAUGUGUCACAGUUUGCUGAACCUACAGAAAUGUCACUUGUUCCUGAUACUGGAAAAGGUGCCAAGAGCUUAGUGGAACUCCUUGAUGAAUCUGAAUGCACUUCUGAUGAGGAAAUCUUUAUCUCACAAGAUGAAAUACAGUCCUUCAUGGCAAACAACAAGUCUUUUUACAGCAAUAGAGAACAAUACCGACAGCAUCUGAAGGAGAAAUUUAAUAAAUACUGCCGCUUAAAUGAUCACAAGAGGCCCAUUUGUAACGUGUUAUCACAGAACAUUCGAGCAAUUUGGUACUUGCUGACGUGGGCCAGAGGAGAGAACUGCAUACCUUGGGCACUUCUGUGUGUGUGGCCGGCUCAGAAAUUGGCAGCCGAAUGCCAGAGCGCUGGCUAUCCUGGGACCCUCAUCCCAUACAAGUGUGACCUCUCCAAUGAAGAGGAGAUCUUGUCGAUGUUCUCCGCUAUCAAGACUCUUCAUCAGGGGGUUGACGUGUGCAUCAACAACGCGGGGCUGGCUCGCCCAGAGCCCCUGCUCUCGGGGAAGACGGAGGGCUGGCGGACAAUGAUAGAUGUCAAUGUGAUGGCUGUAAGCAUCUGCACCCGAGAGGCCUAUCAGUCCAUGAAAGAGAGAAAUAUUGACGAUGGGCAUAUUAUUAACAUUAACAGCAUGAAUGGUCACAGUGUCGUGCCACAGUCAGUGGUGCAUUUUUACAGUGCCACCAAGUACGCGGUUACAGCGCUUACGGAGGGACUCAGACAAGAACUCAGAGAAGCAAAGACUCAUAUACGAGCUACAUGCAUAUCUCCAGGACUGGUGGAAACAGGAUUUGCUUUUAAACUUCAUGAUAAUGACCCAGAAAGAGCUGCUGCCACCUACGAGAGCAUUCGGUGUCUCAAAGCUGAAGAUAUGGCUAAUGCUGUCAUAUAUGUCCUCAGUGCCCCACCUCAUGUACAGAUUGGAGAUAUUCAGAUGAGGCCCACGGAGCAGAUAUCAUAGCAAAGGAAGAAGAACGUGAGCACCACUGUGUAUCCACUCCACUUCGAACCCUCUGACAAUUUAGGGUUUUGUCAGCUGGCUAGCAACGUUUUAAUUGAGUACCAAGGAUCAUGUUUGAAGAAUUUAUUUUUUCUCUCCCUCUCUCUGAGCUGGUGCUGGUGCUGAGCCAGUUUAAAAAAAUAGUAGCGGGUAUCUUUCUCCCCUACUCCUCUCUGAAAUUGCUUAAGAGUAAAAUGUGUUUGAAAAUAAUGCAGGGAAGUGGGUUUGUGGAAGAUUGUCGUCUCCAGGCUGGUUUAUUCUUCCUUUUGCUUUCUUUUUGAGGUUUGUUUGAUCUUACUUGCUGAUGCUGUGGUUGGACACAGGUGAAGUGGCACCAGCUGUUUGCCAGCUUCAGUGUGCUUAUGCUUUGAGGUUUUUAGUGGAUGCCAUACAUGAAUCCAUCUAAUCUGAGGGUUUCUUUCCACCAGUUUGAUGCUUAUUUGGUAAUUAUGCACAUGAUAUUUUCUACUUCUCUCAUACCCCACUGUCCUAAAACAGGUAUGCAUACUCCUCCCACCCACCAAACUCUCCUUUCCCAUUCACUUGAAUAGUGCCUGCCAAGUUUCAGGAAGUAUAAAUGUGUGCGCUUGCUAUUUCUGUUUCUUUCUAGGUAGGUAGGUAGAUAGUUGGAGGAGUAAGUGCCUGUAUUUCUGCAGGUUAGAGAAUGAUCAUUUAAGUGGCAUAGUUAGAGUAUGAGUGAGCUGUCUGGUAUUUUUAAUAAACAUUGUGUGCUGUCUUGUAGUCACCUCUAUCCUUGGUGUCAUGUCCCAGCACUCUUGAUGUUUUUGUACGUUUGAUAUUUGCAUGCAUUGACACUUUUUUGGAAAUAUUGAUCAGUCUUAGAAAGAUGUAUGGUGCUGUUUAAAUGCUGGUGACUAAGGAGUUGGAAAUAUUGAAAGUUUGUUUAUAUGAGAGAGAAAAACUCGGAGAGAGACAGAGAGAGAGAGAGUGAAAGAGAGAGCGAGUGAAAUGAACCAUGCCUAAACUGUCCAAAAUGAACAGAUGUUAGUAGGGCUAUUUGCCUACAAAGCAGCAGGUAAAAGGUCUGGUUCAGAUCUCAUACUAGUCUUGCGCUGUUGCAGCCCCAUUGAUUUGCUCUGGAUUUACUCUAACUCAAAGGAGAAGAGAACAAGCCCCAUAGCUGAUACGGGCACAGCUGAGAGACCGUUUGAGCUGUUGUAUUUGGACUCCUAUAGCGUGGCAAAUGACGCCUCUGCGGGGAGUCCAACUUGAUAUGGAGCUGUGGAGCUGUUAAUGUACACCUUGCCUUAAGACUUCAGACUCGCUCCUGCUGUGCUAUGAAUUUUCUGUAGCGUUUCUGAAAGUGGAGUUGUUGUUUUAGGUGGAGCAGGUAUCGUCAGUUGAUCUGAGUGGAAGACUGGGAGCCAGAGAAAACUGAUUUUGACCAUUCUGCUUCUACCAGUAUAGCUUUAUGGGAGUCCAUCUGUGGUACGCUACUAUAGGGGAAAGCAGAAUUGGGCCACUUAUGUCAUGAGUUUCAACUCCCUAUGUAGCCUUGGGCAAGUUACUUUACCUCUCUGCCUCAGUUUCCCCAUCUGUAAAAUGGGGAUAAUAAUACUUACCUACCUCACAGGGGUGUUGUGAGGACUCACAAGCUGUUGUUUGUAAAGCACUUUGACUAUGAAAAGCGCUAUGUAAGUGCUGAGUGUUGUUAUGAAGUAUUAUUAUUAAUUAAAUCUUGUGAUACGUAGAAUUCCUUGUGCCAAAGGUGAGCAACUGUAGAAGGAUACAAGGAGAAAGCUGGUAAAACAUUCCUUCGUAAUAGUAAAACAAAACUAAUUUGCCCCUCCCUUUUUUGUUUCUUUAUAAAUACAUGCUCAUGGUGUUUUCUCUCUGUUCCUCGUCUCUCAGCCAGUUCCUGCUGGCAAGUCCUCACAGCUUUGUCUCUGGAUUUGACCUUUUAAUUCACUGUGAGUGAAAUUCCUGCCCUGGGGCUAAGUCUAACACUACUCUAAUGCACUGCCCUCCUCAACCUUGCCAAGGCAGCAGCUUUGCAUGAGCUCUCCGCACAGGGCUGUAUUUUUACCUGUGGCAUCAAGAUAGAUCCACUCCUGCAAGGAGCGGCCAGUCUAGGUCUGCACGCAGCCAGCAAUCCUCGCCCCAGCGGAGAGCGCCUGGAAAAGCUCACUGGUGUCAGUGCCACCGUGGUGCUCAGCUCAGAGGCACUUGGCUAGGGAAGGUCCAAGCACGACUGCGUUUUUGCAUGUGCUUUUAUAGCACCCCUGGAAUAUUCAGCUAGGCUUCACAUGAAAAUGCCCUGUGUUUUUUUGUUUUUUCCCCAGGGUUUCUUUUGCAGGAGCUUGUCAUAGAAAUUUAGCAGGCACGUUGUGCUGUGUAUGCACCGUCUCUUAAAAAGAAGGUGCCAGAGAAGGUGGCUGAACUAGGAUUUGAAGGCCAAAAAAUGUUGAGAAAUUAAGGAAUUACGAGCAGGAAAAAAAAAAAAAGCAAGGUGUGGGAAGCACAGGUGAAACACUGGAAUUGAUGGCCACAACUGUGUGCAUAGUGAAGCAGAUGUUGAAAUACAUGGCUGAGGCGGGACCCAAUUUUAUCUUUCUGCUCUGUAGAAGGAGGCUUUAGAGAGAAUUGCUCAAGACGUAAGGCCUUGAAACAGGGCCAGUCUGGGUAGUCACUCCCUGCAAAUACAACCUGGCUGACCUGCAGCCCUGCCAGAUUUUUCCCCAACAACAUUUGUAACCUUUGCGAGUCUAUAAAAUAACCUGUUGUCCUUGAAAUGAUAUCCAGUAUAUUUUUCCAUUUCAAAUGUGUGUUUUUCAGGGAAUAAUUCCUCCUGCCAGUUAACUCCCUCCCUCUGGCGGCUUUCCCACGCAAAGGAUGGCCCGCGGAGGGGCUUGGCAUGCUCGCUUGGCCGCUCUGUCUCUUGCGUAAGCUACCAGCAGUUUGAGCCAUCUUCCUGGGAUGAGACAGGGUUGGCAACGUAUUCUGAGGCAUUAAAAACCCCAAGCAGGAGGGCAAACUGUGUAAUUUAUCAAUAAGUUUCUAAUUGUGAACUGUUAAAUAAAAGAAUAAAAAGAGAGGCAUGCUGUAGUUCUUUUCUUGCAAAUAGUACUUUUUGUGUUAAAACCUAACGCCCUUUCUGCUGUUUACAGCUAAACUUUUCUUUUGUGGCGUGUUUAAACAGAAACAUGCGAUUUUUGGGAAAAUCAUCAUGGGAAAAACCUUAACUGCUUUCUGGAGCAGAACAGCACCCAGUCAUCUCAUGGAUAACCUGCAUAGGCUGGACUGGACGGUCCCUGUUCAAAAGGAGCAGCGCCCCACAGGGGUGCGCUGAAAUCCCCAGGCUGGCCACAUGGCAAGGCUGGGCUCGACUAAACUGCGCAGAGAUGAGACAAAUGCUGCUGCAGGGACUUGGGUAUUGAACUCCCUCAGUCUCCUGUGCUUGCCUUGAAGCAGGCCAGAUUUUUAUUGUUAAUUGAAGGCAUUUUAUUUCCCAGUCAGCUUUCAGCUUGUCCACGUGCAGCUGCACAUUCCUGAAUGCAGAUUUGCUGCUGUUAAAAUACGAGGUUUUGGUGAAUGAGUAACGAACAGCUGAAUUGGCUGACAAAUGUGUUUAGUGGAUUGGGAGCAGAUGUUUUGGAUGUUUUGUAAAUAAUU